AUGGUUGGAGAGAGCUGGAGGUUUCAGUUUAUUUUUGCUUUUCAGGCUCUGUCUCUGACUGUUGUGGCCAUCGGAGCAGUCUUCUCAUUAUUUUUCCACCUUGCAACAAAAGAGAAGCACCAGGAUCAGUACCAGGUGGCAGAACAAGGUGAACAUACACUGCUGUUGACCGUGACACGCAAUCACCAGUCCAAGCCUGUCAUGCUGUGGAAACACUGGUUGAAAGAGCCUGCUUUCUAUCAGGUGGCAAUGCUGUAUAUGUGUACCCGUUUAAUAGUAAACCUGUCUCAGACUUACAUUGCCAUGUACCUGACGAACUCCCUGAAUCUGCCAAAGAAUUUCAUUGCUACUAUCCCUUUGAUCAUGUACGUAAGUGGGUUCCUAUCCUCCUUCUGUAUGAAACCAGUCAACAAGUGGAUUGGCAGAAAUUUAACGUACUGUGUUGGUUUACUCUUAAUCUUCGUCUUUGCCUACUGGGUGUUGGUCGACAAGCAUAUUGGUGCUUCAGUUUAUGCCCUCGCUGUGCUGUUAGGAAUGGGAUCAGCCACCAUCUUAGUGACAUCAUUGUCUAUGACUGCGGACCUUAUCGGGACACAUACACAAAGUGGGGCUUUUGUGUAUGGUGCCAUGAGUUUCACAGAUAAACUUGCCAACGGUUUAGCAGUUGUAUUGAUCCAAAACCUUCAUCCCUGUCACACGCAGGCUUGCUGCCCCUUGUGUGUUCCAUUCUACCACUGGGUCAUGAUCGCUGUAACUGGAGGUGUAGCUGUUGUAGCAACUCUGAGUCUGGUCUGCAUCAUACUCUGGCCAAUCAAGAUCCGAGUCUGUUCACUUUCGAUAACAGGGAUAACAGCAUCCUCUUCUCUUUCGGAAGACAGUGUAGAAAACCAAGGUUAUGGAACACUAAAUUAGACCACCAUGAUGGCAUGUGAUGAAUGCCAAAGGCUUAACUACUCCAUUUUUACCAGCCUUGCUACUGUACAGAAGGGAAUAUGGCGCUGCCCACAGUGUAAGGCAUUACAACUAUGGACCUGUUUUUCAUUCCCGAAUCUUAGUCUUCUGUGGCAUUGCCCCAGUGGGCAUUAAACUUUAAGUAAUGAGUGACCGUGCUGAAGUUAAUGGACAAAGCACAGGAUGUCUGAAAUGCACUUUAAUAGACAAGCAAAAGGAUUUUGGUAAACAUGAGGAAAUAGCCAACUACUUUGUUUUCUUUUUGCACUACUGAACACUAGCCAACCUUGUUACAUGAUUAGAUCUAAACACUAGCCAUGUCUUUCACAUGAUCAUAUGUUGAUGCAUUUCAUAAGGCCUCUCCCCUCAUCUCCCACCUCCAUAAGGGAACAGUACUUUAAUGUUUCUUGAGAUAUUUACCAAAAUAUAAUUUCUAUGAAUUUUUCUAAUAAAACAAUUUUUUUUUUUCAA